CACAACCUUUGUCCCCUAUUUCUAAUAAUAAAUUGGACCGUGUGAAAAUGUUCACUUUACGAGGGUAAAUACAAGAGAGUGUAUCGGAAUGAGGUACAAAUCUUACUCAAAGCUAGUGUAAAGUGAUGAGGAUAACUUUUAAAAAAGUUGUCAAGACUUUAAUUUCUUUAAGUGGCUUUCUUUUAUUGGUUGUGUUAUUUUACUGGGACAAAUCUUCAUCAUUGGAAAGUUUACAAAGUUUGCAAGAUGGACAUGGCGGCGAACAAGAGCCACUUGUUGAAUCGUUCGGAAGUGACAUAGUACGGCCCGAGAGCAAAGUUUUUAGGAGCCAGAGAAGUGCCAAAUCAUUUAGUCCCGAAAUUGAUUUACAUGUUCACAAAGAAAAGAAAAAGAAGACAAAACUCUCCCCAAAAAGUUUGGAAAACAGUGAUAUCAAGGCCACGGAUAUAAAUGAUGUGUUUAUUUCAGUAAAAACGACAUCAUCAUUCCACGAAACGAGAAUGAAGCUUCUUUUGGAAACAUGGAUCUCAACUUGCAGAAAACAGACUUACAUUUUCACAGACAGGGAUGACUUGUCUCUCAGCGAGAAAAUGCCAGAUGGCCAUGUGAUCAAUACAAACUGUCCAGAGAGUCAUUAUAGGAAAUCCCUUUGCUGCAAAAUGGCCAAAGAGUUUGACUUUUUCAUAGACUCAAAUAAAAGGUGGUUUUGUCAUGUGGAUGAUGACAAUUAUCUCAACACUGAUCAGCUGGUAAAACUUUUACAGAAGUAUAACCACUCAGACAAAUGGUAUUUAGGCAAACCCAGCUUAAGUCACCCUCUAGAAAUCCAGAGUAGGACUAAUGAAGGGCAAAAGGUAGCAUUCUGGUUUGCGACUGGCGGUGCUGGAUUCUGUAUCAGCAGAGCUCUUGGUAUUGCUAUGGUUCCAGAAGCAGGUGGUGGAAAACUAACCAAAGUAGGGGAUUCCAUUCGACUGCCAGAUGAUUGCACAGUUGGAUACAUAAUAAAUCACCUUUUAAAGGUUGAACUCACCCGAGUGGAAUUGUUUCAUUCACAUUUAGAAUCUCAGUCCAGAAUUAAGGACCCUAAGAAACAUAUUACCAUGAGUUAUCAUGACCAGAAUGUGGCCAGUGUCCCUGGUUUCAGUUUGAAGGAGGAUCCCACAAGAUUUAAAUCCAUUCACUGCACUCUGAAUCCACGUGAUGAAAUGUGUGAAAGUUUUCCAACAGAAAGUUGUAUAAGCGAUGAGAGUGUAACUUCAUCACUUUCCAAAAUGAAAUGCAAGAUACAUCCAGACCAAGACAGCGGGGUGCUUUGUUGUCAACAGUGCGAGGAGCCGGUAUGCAUGAGAUGCAUUAGUACGGAGAAGCACCAUGGCCACUCAUUCGUUGCGGCCAGUGAGAUGGUUGUCUCAAUGAAAGACAAAUGUUGUGAACAGAUAAGUAAAAUUAAGGAGACCGUCAUUCCUAACUGUCGGCUAGUUAUAGAAGAAUUGGGUAAAAAUCUAGACACAAGCAAGCAUAUGCUAUCACAAAUUAGGUCUACCAUGACGUCCAGAAUUCGGCAGUUGAAAGAUUUGUUAGACGAAUUUUCAUCAAAGAAUAUGAAGGAUCUAACAGAUAUAGAACAAAUUCUUAUAAACGAAUAUAAGGCUGAAGAGCAUAAAAUGGCUGAACACAUAGCUCUGCUACAAGCAGUUGUAGAAGAAUAUGAAAAGAAAGGAAAGAAAAUGGAAUCCGGUGAUUUAAUGAGUAUUUACAACAGAAUCCAAAAACUCAAAGAAAUCCCAAGCUUAAAAUUGCACCACGAUCUUCCAUCCUUUGAAGAGGGGGAGUUGAAUACUGAAACGUUGGAAGCUUUAUUCGGGAAAUUAUUCAUUCCAGCAUCCCUGCAGGGACCAAUGCAAAACAUCCAUCCGAAGAAACUCAAACUUGCUAAGAAAAUCCAGAAAGUGAAAGCCAUCCAUGUUCCAGAUAUUGACAGAUGUCGGCAUAUUUCCUGCAUGAAGUCUAAUAAGUGUUGGGUGGGCGAUGAGCUAGGAAAUUUGGUAGAAAUUGAUCCAAAGGGCAACGAAAUUCAGAAGAUUAAGACACAUCAUUACAAGCAACAGCCCACUGGAUUUCAUGCAGUUACCAAAGAUGACGAACUGCUAUUCAUCGACCAAUAUGAUGAUAGCAUUUCCAAACUCAUUCCAGGGAAGAAAAAGAAGGUCCUUGUAACUUUCAAAGGAUGGACACCAAUCAGUAUUCACGUGUCUCAUGUAACCUCUGACCUGUUGGUGGGAAUGAUGGAUGAUAGUAUGGAAAAAGCCAAGGUUGUUCGCUAUUGCGAAUCAGGAAAAGAACUGAAGCAGUACGAAUUUGACGAAAAUAGCAAGAAGCGACUUUACAGCUGUCCUCAUUAUAUUGCCGAGAACAUUAAUGGCGACAUCGUAGCCUCGGACUGGGAGAAACAAGUCGUAGUUGCUGUAGGGCUGACCGGAAACCAUCGUUUUGACUACGACGCCGAGGGCGGGCAUCCACCGGGAACCAUUUUCGAACCCAGCGGAAUAUGCACCGAUGUCCUGGGAAACAUCCUGGUCUGCGACAACAAUGACCACAUGGAUGACAGUGUCCACAUGCUGGAUAAAGAUGGAAGAUUUCUCUGCCUCAUCCUCCGCCUCCCAGCGUCUACCCUUGAGAGGAGGAUCAGAGCCAUCGGAAUGGAUAACAAGUAUAAUCUCUGGGUGGGGGAUAUUGACACCAAUGAAAUCAGAGUGUACAAGUACAUAGAAUAACAAAGAAGCUACAUUAAUUCU